CUACCUUUUUCCUUCAGCCUCUCGUGUAAAUGCAUAUAAAACAGUUCAUUUAGUUGCUAACAACAACUACCCACUCUCUGUUUCCGUGUUCCCGGGUAGUCUCUCUUCUCUUCCCAGUUCCCAGUUGUCCCAGACGCGAAGAUUUGUGCAUCUUAGCUUUCCGCUUGGAGCCCUCUAGCGGUUUCUUCUGGACCUGCCUGGGGCUAUGCUCACCCACGAAGACUACCAAGGUGUUUCAAAUUGUUACGUUUUCAAGAGCCGAUUGCAAGAAUAUGCCCAGAAAGUGGGACUUCCCACACCUGUCUAUGAAACCAUUAAGGAAGGGCCUUCACAUCAACCUUCUUUCAGAUCUACAGUCAUAGUCAAUAAUGUAAGAUAUGAUUCUUUGCCUGGUUUCUUCAAUCGUAAGGCAGCAGAGCAGUCAGCUGCGGAGAUUGCUCUGCGGGAGCUGGCAAAAUCUGAUGAAGUUAAUCAAUCCAUCACCCAACCUGUUAUUGAAACAGGAUUGUGCAAGAAUUUACUUCAGGAAUAUGCACAGAAAAUGAAUUAUGCAAUGCCCUUGUAUCUAUGCAAAAAGGAUGAAAGACCUGGCCGAUUGUCAUCAUAUUCAUGCACAGUUGAGAUUGGGGGAAUUCGAUAUAUUGGAGCAUCAGCAAGAACGAAGAAAGAAGCGGAGAUAAAAGCUGCCAGAACUGCUUUACUAGCCAUUGAAUCCAGUGCAUCACAUUCUUCUGAAAAGCAAUUUGGCCCCUCAAAACUGACAGUUGUUCCAUGCAAGAAAAGGGUAGCAGAACCAAUUGGCAAGGUUGGUGAGACUUCUAAAGUCCCAAAAGCCAAGAAAACACGAUUUAAAAGGAAACCACCAAGAAAGAAGGAAUCUGGAGACAAGAAGGGUCGUAAUCAUAUUGAAAGUGCAAACCAUAUCGAAGCAAAUGGAGAGUCAUACACAAAUGUAAAUGACGAGUCUUGCGUCCAGACCUUGGAAUCUGGAACAGAAGCUUUGCAAGCUGUUGAUUUUGACAAUGGAGUGUCAGUUGAUUAUCAAAAUGAGAAUGGCGUAUCGUCUGGGGAAGGUUUGUUGUCUCUGAAUAGCAGUAAGGCCCUUGAAAACGGAGAGUCAAUGGAAGUGCAGUCCACUGAUUCUUGCAUCCAGACCAUGAAAUAUGGCCCGUUUUCUGCAAGUUCCAUGAAAAAUUUUGAUGCUGGAAUGUUAAGUGAUCAUCAAAAUGACAACGGGAUGCUGGCUGGGGAUGAUUCCCUGUCUUUGAAUAGCAACAAGGUUUUUGGAAAUGGAAAUGCAACAGAAUUGCCAAACACUGAAUCUUCUUUGAAUAGCAAUAAGGCUUUUGGAAAUGGAAAUUCAACAGAAUUGCCAACCAAUGAAUCUUCUUUCCAGAUCAUAGAAUCGAGCUGUGGGUGGCAGAAGCCAUGAAAAGCAUCGACAUUGGAAUGCCUAUCAAUUAUCAAAAGCAAAGGGUCUAUUGGAUGGGGGAAAUUCUUUGUCGUUUAAUAAUAAUUCCAUUUUUGUAGACAAAAAGUUAAUCAUAUUGCUAUCCGAUGAGCCUUGUGUCCAGACCGUGGAAUCCAUACCAGUGGCUGAAGCCAUGAAAAUUUUUGAUGAUGGAAUGACAUUUGAUUAUCAAAAUGAAAAAGGUAUAUUGGUCGUGGAAGGUUCUUUGUCUCUUAGCAGCAAUAUUUUUCAAAAUAGAAAAUCAAUAGAACUACAAUACAGCAAGUCUCUGUCUCUGAAUAACAGUGAGAUUUUUGAAAAUGGGUCUGUGACCGGUGAUUGUGUUGCUGAAGCAAUUAACUCAUCUGUAUCAAACCCAUUCGAAGAAGAGAUUUGAGAUGAAGCAAAUGUUAGAGCUAUGGAAAAAUCGGUUGACUGCUAGUUUCCAACGGUUUUUCAUCUCUGGCAGACAGAUAUGAUUCGAUGCAAAUUGAGAAUUUUGCCAUGUGAUUGAGAACGGGGUCUCAGUGACAUUUAUGGUUUUUACAUAUAGCAGUCUCGGCUCCUUUAUGUAGUGCUCAGUUUCUUCGAUAUUUGCUCCACUUUUCCC